CGACAAAUUCAGUUUUUAUCAUCCAUCGAAGGGUAUGCCCUGAAAGGUCACAUGAUAAAAAAUCUUUCACUGGAAACUGUUGGAGACUGUAAAAGUGAAUGCGUUCGGGAGAAAAGAUGUGUUUCCAUUAAUUUUGGAUCAAUGGUAUGUGAACUUAAUGAACAUGACCACAUUCAGCAUCCACUGAAUCUUACACCAUGGGAAAACUUUACGUAUUAUUACACAGAGGUAAGAAACUUGGUCAAGGACGUUUUGUUUCAUUUGAUGUAGGCUGACUUUAGUGAGUGGAACAAAUUCAGGUUCUCCUUUAUGAUUGGCUAAUGAGCCACCUAAGUCGGGAUAUUUUCUUGUAUAGAGUUUCAGGUUUAUAGUCUAUUUAAAUUUUUGAGAAUGUGGCUAGUGAUUGGUCGAUUAAUGUUGGGUAGCCACGACUGAGAUCGUUCACAUCGUAGCUCUGCAAUAUUGCCCAUCACUUAAAGUCAAUUAUACAUUACUACUCAGUUAAGCUGCUUUGCUAGAGUAUCCAACUAAAUCAUAGUGUCAGCAGCAGUAUUCGGCACGGAAGUAAGGGUAAACGAAGCUUACUAGGUACGUGACAAAACAAAGAAACAAAAUAUAUACAAAACAACAGCAAAACAUGAAAAGACACAAAAGAGUCUUUGUUUUGUUUCGUUUGUUUGUACCAUGAUAAUAAUAAUAAUAAUAAUAAUAAUAAUUAUAAUAAGACAGCUUACCUUUUAAUAAAGUACGUGACAAAACAAAGAAACAAGAUAAUAAACAAAACAACAAAUCAUGCUUACAGUACCUUAAGCUUAACUUUUUCUUGCCAGAAUGCAUGUUCCAGCAACCCCUGCCUUUACAACGCGACCUGUUUAAGUGGUUUUACUGACAAGGGAUAUCGUUGUCUCUGUCCUCCUGGUCGAACUGGAGAACAAUGCGAAAAAGGUAUGAGCUGAAUUCGAACUCGAACUGCCUGGUAGUGGUAGUGAAUGACGGUUAAAUAAUUAUUGAAAGUGCUCUGAAAAUUUUCCAACCUUGUCGAAAGGGUCUUCCCAUAUAGAGCGGUUUCACUCACGUGGCCAGCAGCUAUGCAAAUUUAUUGGAGCAAAAGAAGGCGUUUGCAUAAGAAAAGAGUUCAAAUCCCACAGGAUUGGUUUGGGACACCAAUAUGGCCGCCGUGACGUCAUGUGAAAACACUCUAUUCCAAUGUACCUUGCCAAAUAUGAACACGCUGGAGCAACUUUUUUUCUGUCUGUAUUGAGGGCUAUGUGAAGCCGAUUUGCAAGCCCCUGCGAAAUGCGUGCGAGGGCGCUAUUUUGCAAUGUCUGGAAUGCCAAGCAACAGGAAACCCAGGGAAACCACAGGAUACCCAAAAUGUUUAAGAAUUGUGUCUAUCAAAUAUAUUCUUCACCUCUUCUCUUUUAUCUUUCUUACAGAAAAAUGGGAAAAACUGAACUCAGUUCCCCUUUGUUACGGAGCACGAGACGAUGCUUAUGGGGAGUUUGCAUUUAGUAAAGCAGGCAUGAUUAUGAAGCUUACUCUCACCCAUAUCAAUGGAUUCCUGAGUUGUAAUCCCAUGUUCCCCGCAUCUCAUUGGGGCUGCGAUCACCCCAGUUUAACCCAAGGCAAACUAAUGACCCUCGUGACCUUCCAAAAUAGAACCCGUCUUCAACCUGCCAGAAUAUUCGGCACCCCCUGCAAUCCUCAGUACAGCAUCAACGGUUCAAGUCUUAAUUCUACAUCACUCUCCUUCGAACCUUUCGACAUUCCGUUAGCCGCCGCAGUAGAUGACAAUUUCCAGAUAUGGUUCGGCCAGGACUUUACUAAUUGCUCAGAGGAGAACAAUGCAGGCGUAAUUUGUGUCAACGUACAUGCCCUGUAUUCUUGAGCUGUCAGCAAGAUGUACCAGAGUCCAGUUAGAGAAAAAAAGAAUGUGUAUGUUGUUAUUGCUGCUGCUGCUGCCUCUGAUGAUGAUGAUGACAACGACAAAAACAAAAAAAACUAGACACCAGUCAACGCACUUUCAUUUUUAAGAUGGCAUAAUUUUGGAACUCCACAUAUUUGAGAUUGACCUCAAUCCAUUGCCCCCAAGUAAGGGAAUCUAGAUUCCGGAUUCCACGCCCUGGAUUCCCGAUACCAGUUCCUGGAUUCCAGAUCUUUGUCAGUGGGACUUGGAUUCUGUAUUCUGCGUUCCAAUCGUUAGCGGGAUUCUGGAUUCCUCGAGCGGUAUUUCGGAUUCCAAAGCCCAGGAUUCCGGAUUCCAUAAUCCAAAUUUUUCCUGAUUGCGGAUUCCACGACCAAAAAUUUUUCGGAUUCCGGAAUCCGUAUUUCCUUAAAUGAGGCGAAUCCAUCUCACAGACAUGAAACGAGAGGGAGAGGAGGUCGUUAUAAUCAUAAUCGUCCUGUUCGUUGAAUUCUUAGCUGAUGCCUUGAAACACUUGUAGAUGAGAGAAAUGAAAAACUUGGGCCGGCGCUUUCCAUUUAGUCAAAGUUUCCUGAAAUCUCGAUUCGGCAGUAAAUGGAAAACGUGUCGUCGGUUCGUCCCAUUGGAAAAUCUAAAUAGGUAGGCCCGUUUUCCCGGUUGGAACGUUCUAAACGGAAUUUCGUGUUCUCGUUUCUUUUACUUCAUACCAGUUGCAAUCAAUUGUUGCCAACUCGGCAGCCAUCCGCCGUACCUGGGUUUACGAUCAAAUGGAACAAUUUUCUACCUAUCGGAAUACCCAUUUUCGUUCUCACCGAAUUUUCCGGGAAAGCGCCCUUGAUUUCCCUUGAAGAACUGGAAACCCCCAAACGUUUGGCUGCUACUUUGGCCUUAAAAAGGCUUGAUUGCAAAGGUUGAGAAGCCCGAUUUCCCGCUAAAAUCCGAUGAAUAUGUAGCCUGAUUUUUGCAAACGCACCUACCACAACAUUUAAGCUAUUGGACUGGAAAAAGAGGCCAAAAGGAAUUUUUUUUGCUAGAAAAUCACACUAGAAAAAGGAAAAGAAAAAACAUAUAUUAAAGAGCGAGGCGAUAGAAAGGUGGAGAAUAGAAGAAAAGCAAUGCUCUCUUAUUUUUUGUAUUGGCCGGGUAACGUUUUUAAAAAAAUCCAAAUAGAUCUAGAAGAACCUAUUAGGGUGAAUUGUACGAAUCGAUCCUAACAUUCGUCAGUUAGGAUUAUAUGUUGGGCAGGGGAAACUUGAUAUUAGAAAGUUAGUCAAUGUUAAUGUUGAAAAAUUAGCAAGAACAGAUUCUUUUUGUAUGUACCGUAACAACAAAAGAAACUGCAAAGGAAGCUAAAAUCGUAUCUCCCUGAGAGUUGUAUUAUUUGCUUUUCUCUUUCUUUACAUUUGUACUUCCAGAAGGUCAUCAAAAAUUAAUAUCACUUGUUUUCAUUACACAAUGAAUUUAGGUAGUCAUCUAUUAAAGAUUCAGCCUGCCUAGCCGGAUUGUUACUUAGCGCGAGCAAAGUUUUGGCAGAGGACCUGAGAAGCCGUGCGGAGAAUGGAGGGGAGAAGCUUGGAAAUUUCUUGUGCCUUCGGCGCUCUCUUCGCAAGAAUGUCUUCGCCGCCAAAACUCUCACACGCGCAAAAACAAUUCCGACAGCUGCGCUGGCUAUUAAAGGCUGACUCACAUUCAUGUACAAAGCAGCAAGCAGCCUCCGGUUGCUUCAAAGAUAUAUUGUCAUAAUAUGAAAAUAAAAACAAAAAAUCGAUUUUGUUGUUUAUUUUCUUAAUUUUAAUAAUUGAUCACGUGCGUAUCCACUUAAACAUUAUCCUUUCUUAGUUAAUUUCACUGUUGUCAAUUUUGACCUUUGGGUGUUUUUCUGCUGGCCUAUUUUGCGACCAGUAGCAUGGAUCUAAUGUCUCUCGUUCUGCGGCCACGACGAGGUUAUCUGAUAUUACGUUUUGCAACAUUUAUAGUUUGUUUUUACACCAAAAAAUGGCAUGGCUACUCAGUUGGUAGGCUAACAUUCUUAUUUUCACCUAGUCAAAGCCGCAUAACUGGCGGUUUAGUUAAGCUAGAGCGCGGCGAAGAAAACCUUUCAAAAGUUUCUUAAUUGCGCUCCACCAAAGAAACUGGCCGGUAAACGACAGGUUUGGCAAAGUUCAUUAUUUGGCUGACGAAAGAACCAACUGAUACGGGGGAACUUUCUGUUUCGUGGAGGGGCGAAUUGAACCCGGAGAGAACGCUAGAAAACUUCUUUGAGAGAUUUCAUGAAUUAUUUAAUUUGUGAAAUAAUACUGGCCGUACACACGAAAAAGGCAAACUAUGUGCGCAACUUGAAAAAUUGAGAAAUUAAGCCAAAAGCAUCACCUUCAUGUUAAGACUUUUGGACUACAAACGCGACCCUUGUUGUAACAGUUCUGGCUACCGCUAAAGAUCACUGCCACUUCUGAUGUAGCCUGCGUGGAAGGCGUUCAACGGGUGAGGGGAAGCGGGAACUUGGGCGCGCGAGAGCACGAGGGGCGCGCUAGGAGGGGGAACAUGCAACUUUUGACGUCGUAAUGAUAUGUGCAGUAGGUGAUACGCAGUGCAAAACAAGGAAGUUAGCUUAAGGGGUUUCCUUUGAGGGGUUGGAGGGGAACAGGGCAUUCUCCCUCUUACGGUUCGUCGAGAGAGAGAUGUGCAAGUUUGCACACUGCUGGCAAAAUUGCAAAAAAAAGAGGAGGUAGAAGGGGGCCCAUCAAAAUCUCGCAAACACAAUUGCAAUUUUUUGCAGCUGCGUGAAAACCUGGACGUAACAGGGCUCGUCAGGUGAAUUCUAGAAUUUAAUUGUCUGCAAUAACAGUUUUUGUAACUAUUUACUCUACUUCUGCUAGGCGUAUACUAUACUGGAUUCAGUGGAGAGAUCAUGUAAGAAAGAAAAUAUUAUGCCUCUUCAGGAUCCAAACAUGUAAACCUUAGCAGCUUAUCAUUGUUUGUUUUAUUCCCUGAAUAGAGGGAAUUUCAGUGUUGAAAGACUGUCGAGUGUUGCAGUUCGAGCCUCCAACCCCUGAACGCAGCUUGGCAGGUCAUGUGAUCAAAAGCUUCUGGGUAAAAUCAGGAGAAUCGUGUGAAGCCAACUGCUUUGAAGAGGACGACUGUAUGUCAAUCAACUUUGGACCAAAGACUCAAGGAAAGCAUUUAUGUGAACUGAGCAGCUCUGAUCAUAAUCUACAUCCUGAGGAUCUGAAGGAACGACCGAAGUUUAUCUACAAGUCUGUGUUGGUCAGUGAAAACAUAUAUAUACUGUAAAACGUAAAACUUCGGAAUAUUACAGUCAGCUCUCACUAAAGCAACACCGUUGGGGAUGGGCGUCUAAAAGAGUAGAGUUUAAAAAAAAAAUCAUCUUCGGUGGUGGGGGGAGGGGAUGACAGACAUAUUUUACAACACUUGGAAAAUUAAGGCUUAAAUUAAUAUGUUCAAUCAGUCAAUCAAUCAAUCAAUCAAUCAAUUAUCAUCAUCAUCAUCAUCAUGAAAAUGAUAAUGAUAAUAAUAACAGUCACAAUAAGAAUGACAGUUAACUGUAAAAUAAUGAUUAAGAAUUAUCAUGAUUCUAUCGAAGAAACAACAGCAACUAUUCUUUAUUGUUUCAACAGAAUUAUUGCUCAAGCAGGCCAUGUCCUCCAGGUUACAGAUGUCAAACAGGCUUUACCAACAAACGAUAUCGAUGCAUAGGUAACUUUACUAUAAUUCCAAUUCGUUCAGGGUUCAUUUAUUAUUUACUCAUCAGUUUACUUCAAAUGUGUUUGAACGGGCAAGCAAAUGUUUUACUCUUACCAAACCAUAAACAAAGUAAAUUCCUACAAAGAGCGAAAAAAUAAUAGUUACAAUACAGAAACACUACUUUUAAGCGACUGCAAAAUGAAAUUCAUGAAAAAACGAUGAAAAACGAAGCUGCUCACCAAAUGCUGAGGAAGACGGGGUUGGUGGUCAGGGCCACCGAGGAAAAAAACCUACUUCGACGAAUGUUGUUACACUAAUAGAUCCGUAAAACUGGUAAUAAAUAAGGGCGAGAUAAUUACUAUAACGAAAUUUACAUACAGCACGUAACAAAGGAGCGUAAUUAACAAAAUACCGGAGAGCGAAAAGAAAAAGAAUACACGAUAACAAGUAAGUGAGAAAACGAAAAACAAAAGGAAAGAAAUUUGCCCCAACAGUGUUUUUAUUUUGGUUUACAAUGUACGUUACCUCUUUUUAAUCCUCUUAAAUGCCUAAAACUGUUAUUUUUAGAAAUGUGCGGUAAGAACCAUGAAUAACUUAGAACCUGGUCUUAUUCUACCGAAAGAUAAGUGUCAGCAAAAUCAGCGCGGCUCAUGAUAAUGGCCGCUAGGUAGUUCCAGUUUCUGCUAAAUUGUCUUCCUUUUUUCAGCGCAAUUUACAGCUUGCAAGCUGUAAUGUUUUUUUUUUUGUUUUUGGAAUUUCCACGGCAUUGCACACUUCCGGUCCAUAUUUUCUGAAAUUCCCUCUUAAUUACCUUUAAUCUGAGAGACAGCUUGCUCUUUAGUUAUGUUAAAUUUGAAUUACGUUUGGCUGUAAUUAUAAUUACGAUUAUGAUUUUUUUUCUCGCUAGCUCAAUUAUUCUUUUCUUUCCUUGAAAAAAUAGAAAACUGUAGUUGCCUCCUUUCUUUCAGUAAACUGGAAAAAGAUCAACAAUGAACCCAUAUGCUUUGGAGCGAGAGGUGACUCAUACGGGACUUUCAAUAUCAUAGAAAACGGAUCUAUCUACACUUUUAAACUCGUCCACUUGCAUGGUAGUGUACGCUGUCACGGAAGUGCGCCUGCGUCAUAUUGGGGAUGCACACAUCACACGUAUGGGGACAAACAGUUAGGGACCAUCAUAACGUUCGAGAACAAGACUGCUCUGCAACUCGCAGAAUAUCGAGGAGAUGGCAACGGUUGUGGAUAUUAUUCAUACAAGCUCGACAAAGUCGGUGUUAACGCUUCUAUUCUUCAAUUUAACAACCUUCCUUCUCCUCUGGCCGUGUCUACUGGGCAAGAAUUCCAAGUAUGGUUUGGUGGAGACUUGUACAACUGUGGCGAGAGCACUAACAGCGGCCAGACGUGCAUUGACGGUUAUGCGUGGUAUGCGUGA